CCUAUCUUGUCACCUAUGCGAACGAAACUAUUUCGGAGAUAGUUUCUUGUUCUUACUUGAGUCAUUUCUAGCAAAGUCUAUUUUCAGCCGUUUGUCAUGGGAACAACUAAUAUCAAGUCAUGUCAAUUUUCUCAAAACCUUCUUAUUUCUAAGAACGAUAACUUAAUUUGAUGCCAAACAGUAUAAUUAGACCGAUCAAAGAAAGUAUCAAAGCGUUUGACUGAGCUGUGCUUAACUAUAAUAGCAGCACCGUAUCUGUUUGUGAACCACGCUAACGUCAAACCACCUUUCAAACUGCACAUACCAUAUAAGGUCAUUGACACGUGACUCAUAAAAUCUGAUGAUAACUAUAGCAACACCAUUAUCAAUCUUGAGCAGCCUUGCAAAUGGUUUUAUAGAUAUAGCUGUUGAUGACUAAGCAUCGAAACAAACUAUUAGCAAUCACUUGUCUGCGGACUUCCGAAACUACAUUCAGUAAAACAGCAACAAAAAUUGAUUCACCGAUUUGAAAUACCUAUCUCAAUUUCUUUUUAAUUCAAAAUUAGUUAUCUAAUUAAAAUUGAAAUUUUUCAAUUAUAUCUCGUUCUGGACAUGAAAAAAUAUCUCAAACAACAUAAAUGCAGACAAUAAAAAUUUAUUUACAGUCUAUAAACUCUAAUUAUCAUCAUCAUUUCUCAUCCGCCGGUCGGAUUCGGAUAAGCAGUCUAGUCAUAGUGAGUUACUGGUACUGACACAACAAAAAGAAUGUUCCUGCCACUGUCUCUCCCUCCUGUCAGCUCCAAACAGGUCCCUGACACCACAGACGCAUUCUUCAGUUGUGAAUCAAUACCUUCUCUUCUCUCCCCUUCCAAGCGAGUGUUGAGUCCUAUACAACCCAGCAGUCUAGACGAACACAUAUCAGCGGGGAGCACGCCUUCCCGAAUCCUUCCUUUCCUCUACCUCGGGGGAUCUAAAGAUGCCUCAAACAGUCAUUACCUCAAAACUCACAACGUGCAAUUCAUCAUUAACUGCGGAUGCAACGACAAGAUCCCGACAACUACUUUGAACUACAAAUCAGGGAAGUCAUAUCACAAACUUCAGGAUCAGACAAUCACGCAAAACAAACUCAAGAAAAAUGACUCAUAUGUGACAAAAACAGAAUAUUCGGAAAAGAGCGAUGAAAAUGGGGCAAUAUAUAGUCGACAGAUUUCGGAACCGACUGAGUUGCGAAAUGGGACAAAGAACGAGCACACUUCACCAAAUGGUCAACAAGUUUUAAACAUAGCAGCCUUAGACUCGCCACAGCAAGAUUUAAUGCAAUAUUUUGUACAGAUCAUCAAAUUUAUAGAAAGAGGUCGGCUAUCAAACAGUUCUGUGCUUGUUCACUGCUCUGCGGGAAUCUCUCGUUCGGCCACCCUCGUGGUCGCCUACGUCAUGUGGUACCUGAAACUUCCUUUUAUGACAGCCUACAAAUACGUGCAAAACACGCGUCCCCAAAUAUCACCCAAUCUUAACUUCGUGGGGCAAUUGGUCCAAUUCGCAUCCGAGUUGAGUCGUGACGAGUCGGAAAUUCUAUCACGAAUCGGAUUUACUAACUCUCGACUACAAAAAAGCGACCCGAACCUGCCUGUAGCAACAAACUCAUGCCGAAAAAGAUCAAUCAGCGAAAAUGUUCCAGAGAAGACAGUGACUAAAAACCGAAAACAAUUGACGAACGACUUGAACUCUUUUCAGUGAUAUGUGAUAGUUUUUACAGCCUUAAAAUUAUUUAUACAUAUAGUUGGGUGACUAAUUAUUGUACCUAGUUAGUGUUUCAAAAAUAAACUUAGAACAUGC